AUGUACAGUCACAGAAACUCUACCUAUAAUACAGGAUCAAGUAGUAGUUAUGGUCCUAGUAGAGCCUAUAGUGGUGGUGGUGGUGCAAGCUUAUCUAGCAGUUACAAGUCUAGGCAGAAUUUAUUACAAUGUUCUCACUGUGGAUGCAAAAGUCACUCAAAAGAGCAAUGCUAUAAAAUUGUUGGCUAUCCAGCAGACUUCAAGUCAAAGAAAAAAGGCUCAAUUUCAAGUGCUUCUGCAAAUCAGGUUGAGACUUCUUCACAAAGCAAUCACAGGACUAGUCCAAGUCCUACUCCAUUGCAGCAAUCUGCAACUUUCUUCACUCAGGAACAAUACCAACAGAUCCUUCAACUACUUUCAAAACCUGAUGGUGACAGAUCAGUGGAGUCCCCUGCAAAAGUUGCUUCUGUAGAUGCAGGUAACUCUCCUUGUGCAUCUUUAUGUUCCUAUGAUCCUGGUGAAUGGAUUAUAGAUACAGGAGCUACUCAUCACAUCACCUCCUUUCUAGCUUCACCUGUUACUAACAAUACAACUCCAGGUGAUUCAACUAGUCAAGUUCACCUACCUAAUGGUAACACAGUUGCAGUAUCUCAUAUUGGUAGCACUAGUAUCUUGGCUAACCAAACCAUAUCCAAUGUGUUGUACUUACCUGACUUCCAAGUUAACUUAGUAUCAGUCUCCAAGCUUACUAAGGAACUCAAGUGCAUGGUGGCAUUCUUUCCUGACUUUUGUGUUUUUCAGGAUCUCUCCACUGGUCAGGUGAAGGGGAUUGGUAAGAAAGAUCAUGGACUAUACAUACUAACAAGGGGACCUAAUCAAGCUCCAAGGAAGGUGGUCAAUAGUAGUAUUAGUCCUAGAAGUCAAAGUCAUAGUACUUCUGUUGCUAAGUCUACUAUUUUGCCCUCUUUACAUUCUAUUUCUAUCUGUGAGUCAGCUGAUGUAUGGCACAAAAGGUUUGGACAUGCACCCAUUGAUGUUAAAAAUGUAUUCUCCAUCACUGUUAAAACCUUGAGGACAGAUAAUGGUUGUGAAUUUUUCAGUCAUGCUUUUAAAAGUUUGUUGGGAGAGCUUGGCAUUGUCCAUCAAACAAUUUGUGUGUAUACACCACAGCAAAAUGGUGUUGCUGAAAGAAAGCACAGAACCAUCUUAAAUAUGGCCAUGUAUAUUAGGUUUCAAGCGUCUAUUCCUCUUACGUACUGGGGUGAAUGUGUUUCCACUGUUGUAUACAUAUUGAACAGGCUGCCUUCCAGAGUACUUCAGUUCACAUCCCCUUUUGAAAGAAAUGUUAUUUUUCAAGAACAUUUAUUCCCAUUUAAGCAUGCUAAGGUAGCAUCCAAUCCUAUAUUUCUAGUAUUGGCCUUAAUUCCAAGUGAUGACAGUCAUUGUGUCUUCCUAGAGGCUACUGAUUCCCUUCCACAUCAGAUAUCUAUUGUGCCUGAGCCAGUACCUGAAGAUUCCACUAGUCCUCCUUUUAAUGCAACUACAACUCCACAUCAUCCUCCUGUUAUACCAGCUGAAUCAACUAGGCGAUCCACCAGGGCCAGUAGACCUCCAAUUUGGUUACAGGACUUUGUUACUAAGCCUAGAGGCAAUACUUGUUUAUAUCCUUUGGCUGACCAACUCACAUAUUCUAGGUUUUCCACCUCCUAUCAACAGGUGUUAAGAGCAUACUCAACUAUCUGUGAGCCUGUGUCAUACAAAGAAGCUGCUUCUGAUCCAGCUUGGGUGAAAGCAAUGCAGUUGGAGAUUGAUGCCUUACAAAGCAACAAGACAUAG